GAGAGAGAGAGAGAGUUGGUGGGGGUUGAUACUUGUAGUGUCAUUGUUCUUUAGUUUUUACUAAAGAGAAUUCUGUAGUUGUUUGUUUGUUAUCAAAAAAAAAAAAAGAGAGAGAGAGAUGGAAGAAACACAAAGAGAGACAAAAUGGUGCGAAGAAGAAGAACUGGCAGAAGCGAGUAUUUGGAAAUACGUCUUCGGAUUCACAGAAAUGGCGGUAGUGAAGUGUGCCAUUGAGCUUGGGAUAGCCGACGUUAUUGAAAGCCAUGGAAGUCCCAUGACACUAUCCGAGUUGUCAUUAGCUCUAGCAUGCACUUCAUCUCCCCUUUACCGCAUAAUGAGGUUUCUAAUGCACCGGGGAAUAUUCAAAGAGGAACUCACCGCCCAUGGCUCCCCAGGUUAUGCACAAACGAUCCUGUCUCGCCGUUUGAUGAGAUAUGGAGAGCACAGCAUGGCUGCUUUCAUUAUGCUAAAUAGUAGCCCAAUGGUGAUGUCAUCAUUGCACUGUCUCAGUGCUCGUAUUCUAGCCAAUGAGACUUCACCAUUUGAGGUGGCUCAUGGGAAAGAUGCAUGGAGCUUUUUAGAAGCAAAUCCUGCUCAAAGCCAACUCGUCAAUGAAGCAAUGGCUUCUGAUGCCAAGAUGACCGUGCCUGCAAUAAUUCACGAUUGUCCAGAGGUAUUUGAUGGGCUUGGCAGUUUGGUUGAUGUGGGUGGGGGCAAUGGAACGACUUUGCAGAUGUUGGUGAAGGCAUUCCCAUGGCUUCGAGGCAUCCACUUUGAUCUUCCUCAUGUUGUCUCUAAUGCAGCAGAGUUCGAUGGUGUUGAACGUGUUGGGGGUGACAUGUUUCUAAGUGUUCCAAAGGCCGAUGCGGCUUUCCUAAUGUGGAUUCUGCAUGAUUGGGGUGACAAGGAGUGCGUUCAAAUCCUUAAGAAAUGCAGAGAAGCAAUUUCAGAGGAGAAAGGAAAGGUAAUAAUUGUUGAGGCUGUGAUUGAAGAAGAAGGGAAAAUGGACGAGCUAAGUGAUGCGAGGUUGGCGCUGGACAUGGCGAUGAUGGCUCAUACAAAUGCCGGCAAAGAAAGGACAUUGAAGGAAUGGAAAUUUCUUCUUGAAAAGGCUGGAUUUACAAGAUAUACAGUGAAAUCCAUUCAUGCUGUGCAAUCUGUUAUUGAGGCCUUUCCUUAGCUUAGUUAUGUUGCAUUUCCCGAAGGCACGUGGAUGGAUCUCUUGUCCUAAUUGGAUUUUUUUUUCUUUCUUUCUUUCUUUUGUGAAAUAAUGGCUACUACUGCAAGUAGGGCCAACUCAAUUGAUCAUUAAGAUGUUUGAUUGCAUAGAUUGAAAGUAAUAACAUAUUUGAUUAAGGCCUUAAGAAAUAGC